AUGCCGACCCACACGCGCUCCGCAGUCAGGAACCGCCUCGCACCCCUCCCCCCCGUCUUCGGCCGCGUCGCAAAGCCCCGCACCCGCCGCAACGCGCGCAAGAAGCCGCUGCCCGUCUCCCCGCUCCCCGACGUUCCCGCGUCCCCCGUCUCCACGCAGGACACGCUCCGGCCGCCCUCGUCACCCCCCACCAAGCCGGCCCCACUCCCCCCUUCCCUCUCGCUCGCCUUCACUCCGCAAGGCGCGCCGCUCUCGCGCGAGUCGCACUACGCCCGCAUCCGCACCUCACUCCUGCGCGCCCUCACGCCUGCGCACCGCGCCCUCUCGCUCUACGUCAGCGGCACCCCCGGCACCGGCAAGACCCUGACGGUUUCCUCCGCGCUGUCCUCGCUCUCGCUGCCGCCGUCGCGCUCCGUCUGGCUCAACUGCGCGCACCUCGGCGCCCCGCGCAACCUCUUCUCCGCCCUGUGCUCCGCGCUCGGCCUGUCCGGCGACCCGGAGCAAGCCGUGCGUGCCUUCGCCUCGUCCGCAGGCGAGCGCGUCGUGCUCGUGCUCGACGAGGUCGACUUCCUGGUGUCGCGGGACCAGCUCGUGUUGUACGCCGCCUUCGAAUGGCCGCACCUGCCGAGCUCCAGGCUCAGCGUCAUCGGCAUCGCGAACGCCGUCGACCUGCCCGUCCGCCUCCUGCCCUGGCUCAGGGCCAACGCAUGCAUGCCCGAGCUGCUCCCGUUCGCCCCGUACACGUCGGACGCGCUGCAGGAGAUUGUCAGACAGCGAGUCGCCCCCGAUGGCGCGCUGUCGAAGGUCGCCGUCCAGCUCGCCGCGAAAAAGGUCGCCGCGGGCUCCGGCGACGCAAGGUUGGUGCUCGAUGUGUGCCGCGAGGCCGAGUCGCAGGUUGCGCGCGCGGACGGUGGAAGCGCUAUCGCUGUUGUGUCACGUAUACUACAGGCGCGUGGAGGCUUGAGCCAGGCUGUAGACACUAUUAGUCAGCUGCCCGUGCAGCAGCAGCUCGCGCUGUGCGUGGCGGCGAAUGCGGUGACCAUGGGGGGGAAGAGUGCGAAGAAGGCGACGCUGGGCGGGUUGUACGAGAGCUUCGCUAGGAUGUGCAGCAGGGCUAAGGUGGGAGGAGUCACGUUUGACGAAUUUGCGCAGAUUUGUUGUAAUGCGCUUGCUAGUCAUGGGUUGCUGGAUGUCGCACAAGGGAGGGGGAAGAAGGUAAGGACUAUUCGGUCCAAGUUAGUAAGGUUGAAAGUGGAUGUCGAUGAUGUUAGGGCCGGCGUCGCAGGUAGGGGGUUUCUGCCUCUGUUGAUUGCGCGGUAG